AGAAUACCGACUGGAGCGGAGGCAACUAACGUCUUAGUUGGUACUGUGGAUUUCCUCAAGAGUCCCGUCACCGCCUUUGUGCGAUUGAAGGAAGCCGUUUAUCUUGGUGACGUCACUGAAGUUCCACUUCCUGUUAGGUUAGUUGGUAGGUUGGUUGGU